AUGCCGCAGUCAACAUUUUUUGCAAAGGGUCCGUCUACACGCAUCAUGGGUUCAAAGCUUCAUUCAGUAUUCUCACCUUUGAGAAUCGCCUCAUCAAGUGAAACGCUUCACGGACAGAGGCUUCCACAAGAACAUGUGUCGACCUUCCUCCUCUGCGACUCCGACGAGGAGAGCGACAGCAUCAAGAAGGAAAAAGGACUUGUACAAGGCGAUUCGCAUCAGGGAACAAGCUUUCUGACUAGCAUAGCGUCUCCUGAUAUCGCGGCUGGUAUCAAGACCGUCUGCUCUGCAGCGGCUCGACAUCCAACCAAGAAUAGCGAGACAAUGUCUUCGUAUAGAGUGACACACGUCUACGGGAAAGCCUCCACAGAACGCUCGCUCCAUCUCAGGACAGCCAGCCGCGAUGGCGCGAUUAUCACUAAUUCUUUCAACUGGAACUCGAAUGAUCCUUACGCGAGGUCUGCCGAGUGCGGUAUCCCUAGGGCAGACUCACCAACCAUAUGA